AUGGAUGACUCAAAUCCAGUUUGCACAACAAUGGAAUGUGGAGUCAAGUUAUCAAAGGAAGAAGAAGGAGAGAGUGUGGAUCCAACACUCUUUAAGAGUCUAGUUGGAAGCUUACGCUAUCUAACGUGCACAAGGCCCGACAUCCUACACGCAGUUGGCGUUGUGAGUCGAUGCAUGGAGCAUCCAACAACAACUCAUUUCAAGGCAGCUAAGAGGAUCCUACGCUAUAUCAAAGGUACGAUCAACUUUGGCAUGUACUACUCUAUUUCUGACGAUUACAAGCUUGUUGGAUAUAGCGAUAGCGAUUGGGGUGGAGAUGUAGAUGACCGGAAAAGCACAAGUGGCUUCGUGUUUUUCAUUGGAGAAACCGCUUUCACAUGGAUGUCAAAGAAGCAACCAAUUGUCACUCUUUCUACUUGUGAAGCGGAGUAUGUGGCAGCUACUUCAUGUGUUUGCCAAGCUAUUUGGUUAUGAAACUUGCUAAAAGAGGUGAACCUACCACAAGAGAAGCCAACGAAGAUCUUUGUGGAUAACAAGUCGGCAAUAGCAUUGGCAAAGAAUCCAGUCUUCCACGAUCGGAGUAAGCACAUCGAUACUCGUUAUCACUACAUAAGAGAAUGUGUUACCAAGAUGGAUGUGCAAUUGGAGUAUGUGAAGACAAAUGAUCAAGUAGCUGAUAUCUUCACUAAGCCACUCAAGCGAGAAGACUUCAUCAAGAUGAGGAGCUUACUCGGAGUAACCAAAUCAAGUUUAAGAGGGGGUGUAGAAAAAUAAACUUGAUUUAGAUCAAACAUUAUUGGGUUAAUCAUGUGUUGAUCCAAAACUUAGCCCAAAUU